AUGAGCUCCCCUGUUAUGGGCCAGUGGCGGGCCGUUGCCGCCUGUUCUGGCAAAACUGCGACUUUUCCCGAGCAACUUUCAAAUCUUCUUCACCUUGCAGCCGACGCAUCAAUUCCCUCGAACCUCCACGACAGGGCCCCAUUGACACCCAUUGUCAGCCCUCGAGUUCUCCGGUGGUCCGCGCUCGCCGUGGGCGUCUUCUACGGAUUUUCUCAUCAGAGAACGAUUACUGCUACACAACGGGCCGAGCAUGCUAAGCACGAAUGGGAGAGCAAGCAGAAGUUGAUAGAUCGGGCCAAGGCCGAGUACGCGAAAAAGAACAAUCCUGCUCCCGCAGCUGCUUCCAAGGAUGAUGUUGUCACCGAUGUCAACGACCCCAAGUUCGAUCUUGAGAAGCUGCUGCUGAAGGUGUCCCAGGAGAGCCCUUAA